GCACGAUUUCCAGGGAAGCGCACACAAGCCAAAUCACAAGCCAUUCACUUGCCUCGUUCGAUUCGAUCUUUCAUCUUCCUUAUAAACCAGCCAAAGAAGCCUAUCACACCUUCUCACACAACCCAAACUCUAAACGAAAAUGCAGCUCACUACCUACAUCUUCGCGACCUUCGCUAUCGUCUCCGCUGCAUUGGCGGUCCCCGUUGACAACCUGGUCGAGCGUGAUACCAAGUACUGCGGUUACCAGCCGUACGAACCUUCAAAGUACACCUGCUACGAUGGCCUCCUCUGCCCUAUCCAGAACUACGUUGUCUACAAGAGGUGCGGGGGUGAUUGCUACGACCCGGCCAAGUACGUCUGCCACGGCACCAAGAUGUGCCCAACUACCGACCCCAACCUUUGCGGCGAUGCUUGCUACAACUCUUCCCGCUACAAAUGCGAGUAUGGACGUUUGGUCCAGGUUUAAGCACCCUUGGCCAUGACCGGCAACGCCGAGGUGGGGGGGGAGAAGAGGGGGAAUGGAAGGAGGAUCGUGGGUACACUAAACGGAUCCAAGCAAUCUUGAGAUCGCGCAAUUUAUAUCUAGUGUUUUUUUCUUAUGUUGGAAAUAAGGGACGGGUGGUGAUAUGUGUUUGCGGGAGAGCUGUGGGCUGGGGGUUUACGUCUUUCGUUGGAAACUUCAUUGUAUUGGACAUGCUUCCUCGCUUACCUUUUGUUUUUUUUUGGAAAGCGGCCAUUACCAAUCAGUAACGAAGCACGGAUGAUGAGGGGUUUAAUGAAUUAAUUGAUGAUUUAUACCGAG